AUGGCCGUCGACGGAAGAUAUAUUCUUGAGAACAGCUUCUCUGCCCGGCUGAAAAGUGAUUCGUGUUUAAUGGGUUCCAACGUCACGGAUAUUGGUGUUUUGAAUGCUAAUGGUUCUAAGACGAUAAUAGUUACGGACUGCAACGAUAAACGGGUCAAACGGUUUUACGAGCACCACGGAAACAUGGCACACAGCUGGCUCGACGUCGAGAGCGAGCCACGUGGAUUGGCGAAAAUUGCCGACAACACCGUCGUUGUGAGUCUGCACGGGUCCCGAGAGCUCUGCUUCAUUCGGGUGGAUUCGGAGAUGUACGUAAGUUCCCGAGUGAACGCGGACAAGGAAUAUUACGGUUUGUCGAGCAUCGACGCCAACACGAUCGCCGCCAGCGCCCCCUGGCAUCAUCCGCCGACCGUUGACGUCAUCGACACGGAAGGGAAGGUACUAGUCUCGAUUAACAAAGACGCUGACGGCAAAGAUCUCUUCGCCAGUCCCAAAUAUCUGACAGUGACGCCGUCUCGGGACAUCUUGGUCUCUGACAUCAUGAAAAUCUCUCUCACCUGUGUGACAUCAUCGGGAAAAGUGAAGUGGGUCUUUCAGCCCAACGAUCAAAGCGUUCUAGCGGAACCACGUGGCGUCGCGUGUAAUACCGUGGGAGAAAUCUUUUUAGCGGACAACAACGAGCACAAGAUCUUAAAGCUGUCGCCAGAUGGCGUUUUUCUUAGCAACGUGUUUACGCGUGUAGACAACAUGGUCUGGCCCGUUGGGAUCUGUGUCGACAGCAGUGGUAAACUGUACAUCACGCAAUCUGAGGGUGAAAUUAAAGUGUACACCCCUCAGUGAACUGUGGUUCUGACCCAAUCCACAGACGGUGUCUGUUACUGACACUCACGUUAAAUGAUUCAUUGAGUUUCUAAACGCAAUGUUCUCUCGAUUUUAGCCUAAUGUCAAGGGGGUGGCCAACAAAAAACAGAAGAAGAAGAAAGAAUAAUGCCACAGUCAUAGAGAAUCUUCUCCAUGAAGACGGAAAGGACAACCGCUUUUCGGUUCUCAUGCCUUUAAAUUGCACACUAUUUACUUCCUUAGUUUGUCAAUGUUUUGGCUACGGCAUAACCACGCAGAAGGGAUCUGCUAUUGAAAAUUAAAGUUAAAGUUUAU